AUUCAGCCAAGAGCCUAUGUUGAAGAGCACAUUCCUGGAGCCAUACUAUUCAACAUUGAUGCUGCUUUCUAUCCUUCGAAAUACAUUCGCUUCGAUCUCUAUCCACCCGAAGUAUUUGAAAGGUACAUGCGCCUGCUUGGUGUGAACAAUGAUGACCAUGUUAUUGUUUAUGGUAGAGGCCCUUUUGCCGGCAUGAUGUGGCCAGCCAAAGCAUGGUGGGCAUUGAAGGUGUACGGUCAUGGCAAGGUUUCCGUACUUGACGGUGGUCUCGAUGCAUGGAAGAAAGCUGGUUAUCCUGUCACUAAUCAAGUGGUUCAAAGAAGACCUGGCAAUUUCACUGCAAAGCCACUUGACGACUCGUACCUUGUAACUUUCGAGGAACUGGAUAAGAAGAACAGAAAUGGCAAAUCGCUAUUCGAUGAACUGAACACGGUAGUCGGCCGGAUUUGCUUAUCUUUGAAGAUAUCAAGGAGCUUCCCUAAACGCAGCUUUUUGAUCCCAAACGAAGGAUCUAAAUACUAUAUUCUGUCCAGAACUGUUCUGGAGAACGUCCUUUGCCUUUGUCCUUUCUCUGAAAAGGCGUAUCCAUCAGGUUCCUUUUUGAAGAAGUCAGGCUAUGGCCAAAGAUACUUAGCACAUACUAUCUCAAAAGUGUUAUGA